CCUGUUAUAAUAGGAAUCGAAGGCAUAAGGAUGUUUCACAGCCAUCCUUCAGCAGCGUCCCAGACGUCCUAUUGGUCAGACAUGGACUGUAAAGAGAGCUAUUUCACGACCAAGCCUUUCAUUGGAUACAACCAACACGACUUGCCAAUGACGCCUCCCUUCGAUGGGCGUCGUGGGCAUUUCCCCACCACCUCACCAGCUACUCCGAGCAAUAACGUACAACAUCCUGCCCUACACCCCUACUACAACCGUGCCUUCUCCAGCAGCAUCGCGACGCCUUUGCUUUCCCCUCCGCCCGAGAAGCCCACCUCACCCUCAGAAGGACAGACGGCCUCCUGGUGGAACACGAGCGGGUACUCAACACCAACGUCUCACGCUGUUCACGGCUACAAUUACUCUCAUCCCCAGCACGCCAAUUUCAGCAGACCCCUGUUGGGCCAAGCCAGCCAGUCCUUGCUCCAGUCUCUUCCGAGCGCCAUUGCACAGGAGGCCGUCCUUCAACAGCAAAGCAACGCUGUCACGGCGCUCCUGAACGCACAGGCUGUUCAUGUCCGGCGCUGUCGACGAUGCCGCUGCCCCAACUGCCAAGAUACUUCGCAGGAUAAACAGGGCGCUAAGAAAAAGCAGCACAUUUGCCAUGUUCCCGGAUGCGGCAAAGUUUACGGCAAGACUUCUCACCUGAAAGCGCAUCUGCGAUUGCACUCGGGGGAACGGCCCUUCGUGUGCCAGUGGAUCUUCUGCAACAAGGCCUUCACCCGCUCCGACGAACUCCAGCGUCAUCUGAGAACGCACACGGGCGAGAAACGUUUCGAGUGCGUCGAGUGCGGCAAACGUUUCAUGCGUUCGGACCAUCUCAACAAACACGUCAAGACCCACGAGAACCGACGCGCCCGCCUCGCUUCCUCUCCUGCCGAAGGCGAAGACGUCGACGUGGAGCUUUGCGACGACGUUGCUGAUGAUUCUACUGAAGAACUCCUCCCAAUUAUGUUACCAGACUCUCCAGUGUCUGAUGCAGACAUGCAAGAAAUGGACCAAGAACAGAGAAGCACAUUUCCCGUCUUAAAAAUGGACCUUGGAAGCAACAUGGUGCAUUUCCAGCGGUUAGGUUGUCAUUAGAAUUAAGGAUCAUGUUAACUUGUUUUAGGAAUUUUUAAAACGGUGAACCUUAAAUGUAGACCCUGUGGCAUUUAAAAACAAACAAAGAUCUAUGUCAAUAAUAAAAUCCUUGAUACUUCGAAUUUUUAUA